CAACCCUGGAUAUGGGCCUAUUGAUUUGCAAUUUCGCAAGUGACACAUUUCAUUUCAAUUCGAUGAAAGAGUAAAUUUUUAAUUUUAAAAGUAUUUGUAUUCAAUUCGUGAUUGGAGUCCAGAUUUCAUCAUAUCAGGAAACCAUAAAAACACACAAAAAUAAAUUUUUUUUAUUUGGGGUAUUGCAUCGUAGCCGCCCGCCGAAGAAUCUACCUAUAUGUUGUUGUGAAAAUUGAAAAAAAUCAAGCAUCAUGGCGGAAUCUCUAGCCGUUUUCCCAUGAAGUGAUCCAUAAAAGAUUCUUGGACGGAUGAGAAGUUUUACCAUUUGGAAUUGUGUUGCGUCCAGGAUGAAUCUUUGGUGCAUCUUUUAUUUACAUCAUUAUUAAACAUAUGCUGUUGGGAAUAAAGACAUCAUGGAAGUUGAUCAGAUCUGGAAUAUCUUCGAAAGUCAGGGCCUGAAGCUGCCAGACUAUCUGAUCAAACUACUUUUGUGCAGUGGAUAUGAUAAUCUACAAUCUCUAUGUAAAUUGACCUCUCACCAACUAAUUGAAGAAUUAGAAAAUUAUGCAACAGAUUGUUUGGAUGCUUCUGACUUGGGCUUCUCUGAAUCUGAAGCAAAAUAUUACUUCAGUAAUCGAACAAUGAAAUUUAACAUUCUCCCAGGACACAAGCAUCUACUUGUUACUGCAGCUGAAAUGGCCGCAAAGCUGAUACAACAUUCUGACAAUGAAGAUGAAUGUGAAUUUGAGAAAUUACCUAUAGAAAAUGAUCAAUCAAUAAUGGUUGAUGAUAAACCAAGUCAGCACAAUGGUCUACAUUUUCUUUCAGAGUUUUCUUCUCUUGGAAGUCGUAAUAAAACUCCAAAAUCUACUAUACCAUCAAAUAGUCAUUCUGAGCCGAUUGCAUCGGUCGAAGAAGAGCAAAAUUCGUUGAUAGAAUUCCUAAAAACAUGGAUCGCUCGGAAAAUUCUAUCAGGACUCUUAGCACCCUUCCUUUUCGAUGUUGACUACAGAGUACAAGUAUAUCGACCGAAAUCGAGCAAUCAGUCAAGUCGGACAGACAUUUAUUCGUUUGUCUGCCUUCGCUGCAACACGACGAUAAGGGCAUUCAAGCGACCAAAUGGUCAGAAUUGGAAUGCUGCAAAUGUUUGCCGCCACAUUACCACCGUUCAUUUUCUGGCAACAUCAAAAUCACCCAAAAAAUUAAACUACCACGUCUCAAGCCUUUCGACGCCGCCCCUCUCCGACUCGUCGCCAAAUGAACAAGAUCCUCUUAAUUAAUUAUAUAAUGCUUUAAUAUGUAAUGAUUGUGGGUAGCAAUGUUAUAGGAACGGCAGCGUUUCACACGAAUCGUUCGUUUCCGCAAUAAAGAAAAAGUUUAACUGUCCUA